GCGGACGCGGCGAUAAUCGAUGUCUCGACUGUCUCGAGGAUGCUCCACGCUCGAUUCGACGAUGUGCCGCCGCUAGCUCGUAGGCAAUUGACGCACAGGCGGCUGUUUUCACUGAUGGUGUUUCAAAAACUCGUCGCACCGUCGAGUUAGUCGUCGCGAGUAUCACAAAAUGCUGGCCCGCUGUGAUAUACUUCACCUCAAAGUACUUACACUCGCGUGUUUGCUGAUACGUUUGCCGAACAGUAUAGCACAGGAAGUGAAGGAAGGUGCUCUUUCGCUAACAAAUAAGAAUAUUGAUACAACGUUAGCUGAGAAUGAACUGGUGUUUAUCAACUUUUACGCACAAUGGUGUCGUUUUAGCAACUUAUUAGCUCCAAUAUUUGAUGAAGCUGCAGAUAAGAUUAGAGAAGAGUUUCCACAGCCUGGAAAAGUAGUAAUGGCCAAAGUGGAUUGUGACCGUGAAACCUCUAUAGCAUCUAGGUUUCAUAUUACCAAAUAUCCAACAUUGAAAGUAAUAAGAAACGGGCAACCAACCAAGAGAGAAUACAGAGGGCAGCGAUCAGUAGAAGCAUUCCAAGAAUUUGUCAGAAAGCAGUUGGAAGAUCCCAUUAAAGAAUUUGCCGAUUUGAGAGAACUUGAGCAACUCGACGAUAAAAAACGUAUGAUUAUAGGAUACUUUGAAAGGAAAGAUGUACCAGAAUACGAAUUGUUUAGAAAAGUUGCCACUAAUUUGAAGGAUGAUUGCCAGUUCUACGUUGGUUUCGGCACAUGCUCCAAUCAAAACUGCGAAAUUGGACAGCAUUUACAUUUGCUGAAUGCAAGUAAAGCAAUGCAUCCUCCAGGUGAGCCUAUCAUUGCCUUCCGUUCGGAUAAGGCCCUAUCUGUUGAAAUGGAUGAAACUUAUAAGGGUAGUUUGUCAGUUUACGACGAAUUAAAUGUAUGGGCGCAAGAGAAGUGCGUGCCGUUUGUAAGAGAAAUAACAUUCGAAAAUGCUGAAGAACUAACGGAGGAAGGCUUGCCGUUCCUUAUAUUGUUUCAUGCUCCUGAUGACUUGCAAAGCGUAAAGCAGUACAAAUAUAUCGUAACUAAGUCAUUACUAAGUGAAAAACAAAAUAUCAAUUUCUUAACCGCUGACGGCCUGAAAUUCGCGCAUCCGCUGCACCAUUUAGGGAAAAGCACCUCAGAUUUGCCACUGAUUGCAAUAGACAGCUUUAGACACAUGUACCUAUUCAAAGAUUACAAUGACAUUUUUGUGGAAGGAAAGCUUAAGGCUUUCCUGCAGGAUUUGUACUCCGGAAAGCUUCAUCGCGAGUUUCACUACGGGCCUGACGUCACUAGCAAUGAAAUACCAGUUACUGGAAAACAGGUGAAAACGCCCACAACGCCGCCAGAGUCCGCGUUUAAAAAACUGGCGCCAAGCAAAAAUAGAUAUACGAUAGUUAAGGAUGAACUGUAAUGAAAUCGAUACUGUGCAGUGGGGUUUUCGUAAUUAAUUUAUAUGCGGUAUAUUAGAGAAGAAGUGAAUUGCAAUCGGGGAUUUUCCAACAUUCGACAUAGAUACAUAUUAUUUUCGUAGUGCGUUGCAACGUGAGUCUUCUAAGACCUCGACGAAUCCGUUUUUCCUUCUCCGCAAUUUAUCCCCUCUUCAUACUCUUCAUAUAAUAGGAUCGAUUGACGUUUUGAUUUACUUGUUAUUUAAUUUAAAAAAAUAUAGAGAUUAUUUGUUAAUUAUACAUGAUUUGCACAUCCGUAGAGACAAAAUACGACAUAUAGCAAUUUAUUUUUUAUAAAAAAAAUCUCAUACGUUUGUACGAUCUAUUGUCGGCAAACGAACGGCAAAGAACAGAGGAUUCCUUUCUUUUUGAUAAAAUGUGUAUGUUGUUUUUAAAGUGAGUUGCUAAGAGCAACUCGAUUUAUAUCGACUGUGAAACUUUGCAUCUCUCUGACCAGUGUCAAUAAUUACGUACCAAGAUUUUUUACAUAUAUUAUAAAGCGAUCAUGUAGCUUAUCUUAAUAUCGUUAUUUUUGUUUCCUACAAUUACAGUUAUAAAUCUGAUCGUCAUGUAUAAAGAGAUUUGAUUUACACAAUCUCUCCUUUCUCGUAUCUCAUCUGUUACGUCAGAAUUUUUAACACAAUACCUGGUAAUAUUUAUACGCGAUUACAUUCGUCGAGAAAUCCGAAGCGUAAAUGUGUUCCGAGUCUUAUACGAUACUAUCUAAUGCGUGUAUGCAUGCGUAUACCAUUGACCGUAUUGCAUAUAGGACAAUUGUUUCUGUAUGAAGUGUAUAAGAAAGAAAGAAAGAGAGAAUACAAUGUCUAUCGCAUGAUCGUAAUGUUCGAGCAAGAGUGAAAUCUCAGCGUGCCCUCGUAAGAUAGUUGUAAGAUGCAUUAUUUGUAUGAUCGAUGAUAUUGUUUUGCCUGUUAAUAAACAAUUUCUAAGUCAUAA